UGACUGGAUAACCUCCCCAACUGCAUUUUUGUAGAUUGAUUUGGGGGUUCUCGGAUCCACUAUGCCUUGCCAUCGAAUCUAUCAAGACACCGUCUUGGGAUGGGUUGGUGCAAGCUAGGAUGCGAAAGGACAUUGUACUUUUUCCAAAGUUGCCAAGCUCUGUCAAUCGACAUUUUCACCAACUCACCGGUCGGCUAUACACGACCAGAAACUACACGACGAGAAACUCUUGUCGCCGACCGGGGUUCCGGCAGACGGGCCGCUGGUCUCGCCAUUGGCGGCCAUCUUCAAGGUGACAUUUCGUGGCAUUUCGGCACCCGGAGAUCUCACGAUACCUUAAGGUAUGAUCUCAUCGUCGUCAUGAUUGCAUUGCCGCCGGGGGAUACCGUUCGCAAACACGUUCUAAUACAUAUGUGUUUGUUCAUUUUGAUCAAACCAUCCCAGGAUACCUUCCUGCAACUGUAUUUGUGGUCACUUGGGACGAAAUUAUCACGGCUAGUACCGACAAUCAUGUCGCUGAAGAGUAUGGCCAGACCGCGAACGGGGCAUACCUGGCUAAGCCUGGACCAUUCGUACAUACUCCUCGAGGUGCCGUAUCUUCUAUAUGGACAGGACUAGUAGAUUCUUGUUUCAAAAUCAUACCGAAGCGCCGGGGAUUGUGAUGAGUAUUCAAUUAUCAAUAUGGGUCACUGAUGGUACUUAGGUACCCACAGGAGGUCUAAGAUGCCAAAGAAUCGGUUAGUUUCAAUUGCCGAGUAUUCAGAACCAUCAUCGCUGGAUCAUGCCAUUGGCGGUGAAUGAAUGUAUUGGCAGAGAUGAGGCCACUGGAAGUGAUGAGAGAGCAGGAAUUCGAUUCAGAGUUCGGGAACAACAAGCUGCUCGACUCCAUGGCUUGACUGAACCACGUGCGCUUCAGUGUUGGUAGUAAGAAGUGUCGACAAUAUUGAACAAGCCCUUCCUAGGGUUAUCGCAG